UCGGCGCUCUCCUCUUCUGCCUGACCUGCUCGGUGAAUCUGUGGGAGACUAGUCCGGACUUUUCUCCGGUUUGUUGCCGUUACCUUCCGCGGCUGCUUUUGAACGUGGAUAUAAAAAAAAACCGGGAUACAUUUCUUUUUACCAAUUUUGUCUGCAGCAGAAAUAAACACCGAGCUCCGGACUAAGGAUGUCCACCGCCUUGGAGAGCUACAUCAACCGCACCGUGGCCAUUGUCACGUCAGACGGCAGGAUGAUUGUAGGAACCCUGAAGGGCUUCGAUCAGACCAUCAACCUGAUCCUGGACGAGAGUCAUGAGCGAGUUUUCAGCUCCACUCAGGGGGUGGAGCAGGUGGUGCUGGGACUCUACAUCGUCAGAGGAGACAAUGUAGCCGUCAUCGGAGAGAUUGACGAGGAGACGGACUCCACGCUGGACCUGGGAAACAUCAGAGCCGAGCCGCUCAACUCCGUUGUCCACUGACCUUUAAUGCCCGACUCUGCUGUGUGUUCGUUUGCAAGCUGAAUAAUGACUUUAUCCUCUUAUGUACCUCUGUUUGUUUGUGGGAUUUUAUAAAUAAAGAAAAUUGAACUGUUAGGUAUC